CACCCCUUAAGCAAGCAAAAUCAAGAAAAGAAAAAAAAAGAAAGAUAGAAUCACUUUUGUUUGAGAAUAAGCUGUUAUUAAUCUCCUCAUCAUGAGUCAAGAGAAGCCACGAAGACCUGAGCAAGAACCAAUAAAAUACGGUGAUAUAUUCAACGUGUCUGGUGAUUUAUCAUCACAGCCUAUUGCACCAAGAGAUGCUGCAACCAUGCAAUCAGCAGAAGAUAGAACAUUGGACCAUGCUCGAAAAGAUGGGCCUGCUUCACUCAUGACUUCUGCUGCUCAAAAGAAUGAGGAUGCUGGUUUCAUUGAUAAUAACACUGCAACAAAUAUAGCAAGAAAUGAAGGUGUUGCUGUUUCAGAAAUUAAUAAUGGAGGCAAACGUGUUAUCACAGAGACCCUUGGUGGACAGGUCCUGGGGAAGUACGAGGAAGAUGCAGAUGGGGCAAAAGGGACUAAGGAUGCAAAUUCCAAGCAUGCAGGACUAAGGGCUGUCUAAUAGAAAUACUGAAAUUAUAUAUAAAUAGUUCCCUUGGGGUUUAAGUUUAAUAUAUUUUGUUUUCCAGCAAUGUUUAGUUUAGCUUUUUUGUUCUUUUAUUUCUUUAGGUAAAAAUGCAAAUUUUACCUUUUUGACAAAGGGUUCUUUGGAUGUAAAUGUAUUAUCAAUCCAACUUGAUGGUAUUAGUUUUUUAAAUCCUUAUCAAGUGGAGUUUCAUGAAUGCCAAUUGAAUUGUCUUUUGAA